ACUACCAUCUUUACAUUCCUUGAUUUCUUAACGAUUGAGAAUUUUGUAAUAAAGAUAGCAAGUCUCUUUCACUUUCUUCUCCCUCAGUGUACGCUUUCUUGAGUUUCCAGAGGCGCCAUUAAUUUUUCGGAGUCAUUAAUCACCAUUAAUGAUGACUCGGUCAUUAAUAUUGCUUGUGAUAUCACUUCUCCUUACUCAACAAGGAGUGAUCUCAACUCCACUAAUGACCAUCCAGGAAACUCCAACAAGUUUUCCAAAUAUGGCAAAAAACGAAGAUGCAGGGAAGUGGCAGAUAUGGCACAAUACCGGAAUGAGUUGUCCAGAAGGGACGAUUCCAAUACGGAGGGUGGUUUCCCAUAAGAGCGGAGCAGCGGAAAGAGUCACUGGAGGACACGAGGCAAGAAACGCUGGCGAAUUCAGUCUCGGCCAAAUUUGGCUUGUGUCAGGGUCUUAUGACACUAAUGACCUCAACAGUAUAGAAGCUGGCUGGCAGGUUUAUCCGCAUCUGUAUUUUGACAACCAGCCGAGAUUCUUUAUAUUCUGGACGAGUGAUGCCUACAAUAUCUCAUGGUGUUAUAAUCUCCGAUGCGCUGGUUUCAUACAAACCAGUCGCACAAUCGUCAUUGAAGGUGCUAUAUCUCCCACAUCAAUUUCUGGAGGCACCCAAACCGAUCUUACAAUACAGAUUUGGAAGGAUCCAAACUUCGGUCUUUGGUGGUUGGCUGUCGGGCUCAACAAUGGUACUGUCCUCUCGCCUGUCGGGUAUUGGCCAAUAGAAAUAUUUACCCGUCUUACUGAGUAUGCUGAGAUUGUGCAGUGGGGCGGUGAAAUCGUCAACGAAAACAGUUAUGACCGACACACGACAACCCAGAUGGGGUCUGGAUAUUUUCCAGACAGCGGCUCUAAAAAAACUGCUUACAUGUGCGACCUGCAAAUCGCAAGGAGCAAAGGCGAUUUCGAGCCGCUCUAUGACCUCAAGGUAAGAGAAACUAACCCCGACUACUACAAGGUUAAGAUGUCGAGCAACACAUCUUUUUAUUAUGGGGGAUCUCAGCAUGCAGGAGCGUUUCACUUUAGAUUGUCCUCGAUUAUUUUAUAUUUCAGUUUCAGCGUUUUCUUGCUCUUUUAGUCUUUUUUUUUUUUUUUGCUUUGUUUGUUUGUUGUAUCAAGAUACCUAAUGA